GAAGGAAACAUUCGUCGGUUGACCGUCGGUGAAUGAAUAAUUGAUGUAAUCGAAUUAAUGGAAACUAAAUGCCUUUCGGCAGCAAACCUGAAUGUGUCAAGUGUGGGACUCGAGAGACCCCGCUCUGGCAUUCGACCGAGGCUGGUAACCUUUGCAAUACUUGCCUCGAAGAUGAGAGAAAUUCUGAAUCGAAUACGACCGUGAAAACCGAAGAGGAGGACAAGGGAGGAUCGUUAAAGCCUACGAGGAGAAGUACAAGGAUCACUAGAUAUUGUAACUCAAAGUCCGGUGUGUCACACAAAGUCGUACCUAAAGGAAAAGGACGAAGAAAUUUAUUUAAAAAGACACCAGUUAAAGCACCAACAGCCACUGCAACUCCAAUUACAAGUAAUUAUGUAUUCUACAAAGGCACUUAUUUUCAAAUAGGUGAUAUAGUGUCUAUGCAAGAUAUCGAAGGUGGGAUUUAUUAUGCACAAAUUCGUGGUUUACUCACAGAUCAGUACUGUGAAAAGAGUGCUGCUGUUACAUGGUUGCUGCCUACCACAGCAAGCCCACCACCAGAUAAAGGAUUCAGUCCUGAAACAUAUAUUAUAGGUCCAGAAGAAGAUCUCCCACGUAAACUGGAAUGCAUGGAAUUUGUAAUGCAUGCACCAUCAGAUUAUUAUAAACUAAAGAAUUCACCAUAUCCACCACCACUCACAGAAAGAGGUACUGGAUAUAUAUGGACUACAUUUAGAAAUGAAAUUGCUACAUCUAAAAAGUAAUGUUCCAUUUUGUAAUACUGUUGUUGUAAAGCUAUUCAUUAGGAUAUGUUAUUCAAUCUCUAGUAAGUAAUGAUGAAUCUUACUUGAAAAAGUUACAUGGAAGUAAUUAACAUAAAUCAGAGAAUCCUUGUAAAUCCUUGAAAAAUAAAAUUUAUCAUGC